GUGGAGGGGUGUUGUUGACUUCUGAGUUGGCAUGACGAUCUGACACCCUGCCGUCCAGAGCCUUCUGUCCGUUUCCACGGUGACUUGAUCCCAUUCCGCGAUUCUGUUCUCCGAGUUCCGGACCUGUGGAACACCGAGUGGAUUACCGCUGUAUACACACGGAGUGAGUUCAGAGAGAGGAGAGAUCUGGGAACGCAGUGAGGAUGCCGGUGCAGCAGAUCUCUGUGGUCCCCGCUCGGGAGAUGGCCAAUAGCGGCCGGAGCGCCCCUCGCUCCAAAGACAAGACCGAGAGUAUUAAAGGUCCAGGUCGGUCAGGCAGUCGAUCCAGCAACAUCUUGAAGGCCAGCAGUUCUACAACAGGAUUGGCUCCUGGCAGUGUUUCCAGGACAACUCCCUCCUCUCAGGACAUCUGCAGGCCGGUGCCGCUGGGUCGUGUAGAGGAAGGUUGUGACACAGCAGUGAUGAAGCUGAGCGGCGCGGUAUUAGGCUCCUCUCAGACCACGUUAGGCUCCUCCCAGCAGGGCCAAACCAGGAAGAAGAAGAAACCAAACAGGAAGAGAGACUCCUGCUCCGCCCCCGAUGCCCCAGCGACUGCACAAGAUGACCCGGUCCAACACAGUGACGACCGCAGUGACCGCAGCUCUGACCGCAUCGGAGAGAGGGGGGAGAGGAGGAGGGAGAGGAGGAGGGAGAGGAGAGGGGAACACCCCCGCCACCGUAGCGCCGCCCCUCCUGAAUCUGAUUCGUCGUCUGACGGGGAGGCGGGGCGGGAGGCCAGAAGCUGGAGCAGGGAGAAAGCCAAGAGGGGACGACGCCGCAGUGGGAGUAGCAGGGAGAGGGGAGAGGGGAUGGAGCUGCAGUCUGUAGGGUCUGGUGAGGGGAAGGAGAACCAAGAGAAAGUGGUUCCACUGGAGAACGGUUCCGGAGUGAAGAACCGGCGAUCAGGAGGAGGAGGGGAGGAGAGCAGACGGAGCUCCCAGCGCAGGGAGGAGGCGGGGUCUAAGUUCCGUAGCCCCGGCGGUAGCUCAUCAUUGGCUGAGGAUGGAGAGAGGGAGGGACAGAUCACUAAGAAUUACCAGGAGACCGGGUCAGUGGGUGGAGACAUGUCCGCGCCGUCACCACGGAGAUAUGGGGGCUGCAACGCCCCCGAAGGCUGCUCCGAUGACGAGCCAGAGGUCUGCAGGAUCUGCCACUGUGAAGGAGAUGAGGAGUGUGUGUUGAUAACCCCGUGCCGCUGUACCGGCAGCAUGAGGUGUGUUCACCAGGACUGUCUCAACCAGUGGAUCAAGUCAUCAGACACACACUGCUGUGAGCUGUGCCAAUACAACUUCAUCAUGGAGACUCACCUUAAACCUCUACGUAAGUGGGAGAAGCUCCAGAUGUCGACCAAUGAGAGGAGGAAGAUCUUAUGCUCCCUGAUGUUCCACCUGGUGGCCAUUGGUUGUGUUCUCUGGUCCGUAUACGUCCUCGUCAACAGAACCCUCCACGAGAUCAACCUGGGACGCAACACCGGUCAGCACCUCCACCCUGACCUUAACCCAACCUCUAUUCAACCCUGA